UUGCUUCUCCUUCUCUUUCUUUUUUUCAUCUUUGCUUCUCCUUCUUCAUUCUUCUUUUUUCAUCCUUUUCUUCUCCUUCUCUUUCUUCUUUUUUCAUCAUUUGCUUCUCCUCUCUUUUCUUCUUUUCAUUCUUUUUCUUCUCCUUCUCUUUCUUCUUUUUCAUCCUUUGCUUCUCCCUCUCUUUCCUCUUUUUCAUCCUUUGCUUCCCCCUCUCUUUCUUCUUUUCAUCUUUUCUUCUCCUUCUCUUUCUUCUUUUUUUCAUUUGCUUCUCCUUCUCUUUCUUCUUUUUCAUCUUUUCUUCUUUUUUUCUUCUUCUUUUCUUCUUUUUUCAUCCUUUGCUUCUCCCUCUCUUUCUUCUUUUUUCCUUUUUUUCUCCUUCUCUUUCUUCUUUUUUCAUCCUUUUUGCUUCUCCUUCUCUUUCUUCUUUUUUCAUCCUUUUCAAUCUCCUUCUCUUUCUUCUUUUCAUCCUUUUCUUCUCCUUCUCUUUUUCUUUUUCAUCAUCCUUUCCUUCUCUUUCUUCUUUUUCAUCCUUUUAAUUCCUUCUCUUUCUUCUUUUUCUUUCUUUCUUUUUCUUUUCAUCCUUUGCUUCUCCUUCUUUUCUUCUUUUUCAUCUUUUGCUUCUCCUUCUUUUCUUCUUUUCAUCCUUUGCUUCUCCUUCUCUUUCUUCUUUUUUUCAUCAUCUCUUGCUUUGCUUCUCCUUCUCUUUCUUCUUUUUUUCAUCCUUUUUCAUUUUCUUCUCCUUCUCUUUCUUCUUUUUCAUCCUUUGCUUCUCCUUCUCUUUCUUCUUUUUCAUCCUUUUGCUUCUCCUUCUCUUUCUUCUUUUUUUUCAAUUUUGCUUCUUUCUUCUUUUCAUCCUUUGCUUCUUCUUCUUCAUUCUUCUUUUUCAUCUUUUUCAUCUCCUUCUCUUUCUUCUUUUUUUUCAUCCUUUUCUUCUUCUUUUCUUUUCUUCUUUUUUCAUCCUUUUCUUCUCCUUCUCUUUCUUCUUUUCAUCCUUUGCUUCUCCUUCUCUUUCUUCUUUUUCAUCCUUUGCUUCUCCUUCUCUUUCUUCUUUUCAUCCUUUUUCCUUCCCUUCUUUUCUUCUUUUUCAUCCUUUGCUUCUCCUUCUUUUUUCUUUUUUUUUGCUUCUCCCUUUGCUUCUUUGCUUCUCUUUUCUUCUUUUUCAUCCUUUGCUUCUCCUUCUCUUUCUUCUUUUUCAUCCUUUGCUUCUCCUUCUCUUUCUUCUUUUUUCAUCCUUUUGCUUCUCCUUCUCUUUCUUCUUUUUCAUCCUUUGCUUCUCCUUCUCUUUUCUUCUUUUUCAUCUUCUCUUUCUUCUUUUCUUCUUUUUUCUUUUUUUCAUCUUUGCUUCUCCUUCUCUUUCUUCUUUUUUUUCCUUUUCUUCUCCUUCUCUUUCUUCUUUUUCAUCUUUGCUUCUCCUUCUCUUUCUUCUUUUUCCUUUUGCUUCCUUUUCUUCUUUUCUUCUCUUCUCCCCCUCUUUCUUCUUUUUCAUCCUUUGCUUUCCUCCUUCUUUUUCUUUUUUUUCAUCCUUUGCUUCUCCUCUCUUUCUUCUUUUUCAUCCUUUCUUCUUUUUCUCUUUCUUCUUUUUUCUCCUUUCUUUCUUCUUUUCAUUCUCCUCUCUCUUUUCUUCUUUUUCAUCCUUUGCUUCUCCUUCUCUUUCUUCUUUUUCAUCCUUUGCUUCUCCUUCUCUUUCUUCUUUUUCAUCCUUUGCUUCUCCUUCUCUUUCUUCUUUUUCAUCCUUUGCUUCUCCUUCUCUUUCUUCUUUUUCAUCUUUGCUUCUCCUUCUCUUUCUUCUUUUCAUCUUCUUUUCUCUUUCUUCUUUUUCAUCCUUUGCUUCUCCUUCUCUUUCUUCUUUUUUCAUCCUUUUUUCUCCUCUCUUUCUUCUUUUUCAUCCUUUGCUUCUCCUUCUCUUUCUUCUUUUUUUGCUUCUCCUUUCUUUCUUUUUUCAUUCUUUGCUUCUCCUUCUCUUUCUUCUUUUUCAUCCUUUUUGCUUCUCCCUCUCUUUCUUCUUUUUCAUCCUUUUGCUUCUCCUUCUUCUUUUUUCUUUUCAUCCUUUGCUUCUCCUUCUCUUUCUUCUUUUUAUCCUCCUUGCUUCUUCUCUUUCUUCUUUUUCAUCCUUUGCUUCCCCUCUCUUUCUUCUUUUUCAUCCUUUGCUUCUCCUUCUCUUUCUUCUUUUUUUCUCCUUUGCUUUUCCUUCUCUUUCUUCUUUUUUUUCAUCUCUUCUUCUCCUUCUCUUUCUUCUUUUUUCCUUUGCUUCUUCCUCUCUUUCUUCUUUUUCAUCCUUUGCUUCUCCUUCUCUUUCUUCUUUUUCAUCCUUUUCUCCUCUCUUUUCUUCUUUUUCUUCUUUUUUCUUCCUUUUCUUCCCCUUCUCUCUUUCUUCUUUUUUUCUUUAUCUCCUUCUUCUUCUUCUUUUUCAUCCUUUGCUUCUUUUUCUCCUUCUUUUUCUUUUUCUUCUUUCAUCUCUUUCUUCCCCUCCUUUCUUCUUUUUCAUCCUUUGCUUCUCCCUCUCUUUCUUCUUUUUCAUCCUUUGCUUCUCCUUCUCUUUCUUCUUUUUCAUCCUUUGCUUCUCCUUCUCUUUCUUCUUUUUCAUCCUUUGCUUCUCCUUCUCUUUCUUCUUUUUCAUCCUUUGCUUCUCCUUCUCUUUCUUCUUUUCAUCCUUUUGCUUCUCCUUCUCUUUCUUCUUUUCAUCCUUUGCUUCCCCUUCUUUUCUUCUUUUUUCAUCAUUUGCUUCUCCUUCUCUUCUUCUUUUUUUUUUUCCCUCUGCUUCUCCUUCUCUUUCUUCUUUUCAUCCUUUGCUUCUCCUUCUCUUUCUUCUUUUUUUCCUUUUCCUUCUCCUUCUCUUUCUUCUUUUUCAUCCUUUUCUUCUUCCUUCUCUUUCUUCUUUUCAUUCUUCUUUUCUUCCCCCUUCUUUUCUUCUUUUUCAUCCUUUUCCUUCUCUUUCUUCUUUUUCUUCCUUUUCUUCCCUCUCUUUCUUCUUUUUCAUCCUUUGCUUCUCCUCUUUCUUCUUUUUCUUUUCUUCUCUUCUUUUUCUUUUUUUCAUCCUUUUCUCUCUUUCUUCUUUUUUUCCUUCUUUUAACUUCUUUUCUUUUUUUCAUUGCUUCCCCUCUCUUUCUUCUUUUCAUCCUUUGCUUCCCCUCUCUUUCUUCUUUUUCAUCUUUUGCUUCUCCUUCUUCUUCUUCUUUUUUUCAUUGCUUCUCCUUCUCUUUCUUCUUUUUCAUCCUUUGUUUCCCUUCUUUUCUUCUUUUUUUCCUUUUGCUUCUCCUUCUCUUUCUUCUUUUCAUCCUUGCUUCUCCUUCUCUUUCUUCUUUUUUUUCAUCUGUUUCUUCCCCCUCUCUUUCUUCUUUUUUCAUCCUUUGCUUCUCCUUCUCUUUCUUCUUUUUCAUCCUUUUUCUCCUUCUCUUUCUUCUUUUCAUCCUUUGCUUCUCCUUCUCUUUCUUCUUUUUCAUCCUUUGCUUCUCCUUCUCUUUCUUCUUUUUCAGCCUCUGCUUCUCCUCUCCUUCUCUUUUUUCUUCUCUUUCUUCUUUCUUUUUUUUCAUCCUUUGCUUCUCCCUCUCUUUUCUUCUUUUUCAUCCUUUGCUUCUCCUUCUUCUUUCUUCUUUUUUCAUCCUUUUGCUUCUCCCUCUAACUCCUUCUUUUUUUUCAUCCUCUGCUUCUCCUUCUCUUUCUUCUUUUUUUUCUUCUUUUUCUUUUCCUUCUCUUUCUUCUUUUUCAUCGUUUUUCUUCCUCCUUUUUUCUUCUUUUUCCCCUGCUUCUCUUCUCUUCUUCUUUUUCAUCCUUUGCUUCUCCUUCUCUUUCUUCUUUUUCAUCCUUUGCUUCCCCCUCUCUUUCUUCUUUUUCAUCCUUUGCUUCUCCUUCUCUUUCUUCUUUUUUAUCCUUUGCUUCUCCUUCUCUUUCUUCUUUUUCAUCCUUUGCUUCUCCUUCUCUUUCUUCUUUUUCAUCCUUUGCUUCCCCCUCUCUUUCUUCUUUUUCAUCCUUUGCUUCUCCUUCUUCUUCUUCUUUUUUCCUUUGCAUCUCCUUCUCUUUCUUCUUUUUCCUUUGCUUCUUCUUCCUUUUCUUUUUUCCCUUCCUUCUCUUUUCUUCUUUUUUUUCAUUUGCUUCUCCUUCUCUUUCUUCUUUUUCAUCCUUUUGCUUCCCCCUCUCUUUCUUCUUUUUCAUCCUUUGCUUCUCCUUCUCUUUCUUUUUUUCUUCUUCUGCUUCUUUCUUCUUUUUUUUUUCUUCUUUUUCUUCUUUUUUCAUCCCUUGCUUCUUCUUCUCUUUCUUCUUUUUUUUCAUUUGCUUCUCCUUCUCUUUCUUCUUUUUCAUCCUUUGCUUCUCCUUCUCUUUCUUCUUUUUCAUCUUUGCUUCCCCUUCUCUUUCUUCUUUUUCAUCCUUUGCUUCUUCCUUCUCUUUCUUCUUUUUUCUCUCAUUUCUUCUUCUUCUCUUUCUUCUUUUUCAUCUUUUGCUUCUCCUUCUUCCUCUUCUUCUUUUUAUCCUCUGCUUCUCCUUCUCUUUCUUCUUUUCUUUCCUUUGCUUCUCCUCUCUUUCUUCUUUUUCAUCGUUUCUUCUCCUCUUUCUCUUUUUUCUUUUCAUCCUUUUCUUCUCCCUCUCUCCCCUCUUCUUUUUCAUCCUUUGCUUCUCCUUCUCUUUCUUCUUUUUUUUUUCUUCUGCUUCUUCUCCUUCUUCUUCUUCUUUUCUCCCUCCUUCUUUUUUUCCCUUUUCCUCUCUUUCUUCUUUUUUAGCCUCUUGCUUCUCCUUCUCUUUCUUCUUUUUCCCCUUGCUUCUUCUCUCUUCUUUUUUUCAUCCCUUGCUUCCCCCUCUCUUUCUUCUUUUUUUCUUUUUUCUCCUCUCUUUCUUUUUUCAUCCUUCUCUUCUCCUUCUUCUUCUUUUUUUCAUCCUUUGCUUCUCCUUCUCUUUCUUCUUUUUUCCUCCUUUGCUUCUUUUUUCAUCUCUUUCUUCUUUUUUUUUCCUUUUGCUUCUCCUUCUCUUUCUUCUUUUUCAUCCUUUUUGCUUCCCCUUCUUUUCUUCUUUUUUUUCAUCCUUUGCUUCUCCUUCUCUUUUUCUCUUUUUCAUCCUUUGCUUCCCCUUCUCUUUCUUCUUUUUUCAUCCUUUCCUUCUCCUUCUUCUCUUUCUUCUUUUCAUCCUUUGCUUCUCCUUCUCUUUCUUCUUUUUCAUCCUUUUGCUUCUCCUUCUCUUUCUUCUUUUUCAUCCUUUUUAUUCUCCCUCUCUUUCUUCUUUUCAUCCUUUGCUUCUCCUUCUCUUUCUUCUUUUUCAUCCUUUGCUUCUCCUUCUCUUUCUUCUUUUCAUCCUUUGCUUCCCCCUCUCUUUCUUCUUUUUCAUCCUUUGCUUCUCCUUCUCUUCUCUUCUUUUUCAUCCUUUGCUUCUCCUUUCUUCUUCUUCUUUUCUUCCUUUUUGCUUCUCCCCUCUCUUUCUUCUUUUUCAUCCUUCUCUCUUCUCCUUCUCUUUCUUCUUUUUCAUCCUUUGCUUCUCCUUCUCUUUCUUCUUUUUCAUCCUUUUGCUUCUCCUUCUCUUUCUUCUUUUUCAUCCUCUUUGUCUCCUCCUCUUUCUUCUUUUUCAUCCUUUGCUUCUCCCCUCUCUUUCUUCUUUUUUCAUCCUUUCUUCUCCUUCUCUUUCUUCUUUUUUUCAUCCUUGCUUCUCCUUCUCUUUCUUCUUUUUUCAUCCUUUGCUUCUCCUUCUCUUUCUUCUUUUUCAUCCUUUGCUUCUCCUUCUCUUUCUUCUUUUCAUCCUUUGCUUCCCCUUCUCUUUUCUUCUUUUUCUCCUUUGCUUCUCCCUUCUCUUUCUUCUUUUUCAUUUUUCUUCUCCUUCUCUUUCUUCUUUUUCAUCCUUUGCUUCUUCCUUCUCUUUCUUUUUUCAUCCUUUGCUUCCCCUUCUUUUCUUCUUUUUCAUCCUUUGCUUCUCCCUCUCUUUCUUCUUUUUCAUCGUUCUCCUUCUCCUUCUUCUUUUCUUCUUUUUCCUCCUCCUUCUUCUUUUCUCCUUCUUCUCUUUCUUCUUUUUUUUCCUUUUGCUUCUCCUUCUCUUUCUUCUUUUUUAUCCUCUGCUUCUCCUUCUCUUUCUUCUUUUUCAUCCUUUGCUUCUCCCUCUCUUUCUUCUUUUUCAUCCUUUGCUUCUCCCUCUCUUUCUUCUUUUUCAUCCUUUGCUUCUCCCUCUCUUUCUUCUUUUUUUCUUCUUCUCCUUCUCUUUCUUCUUUUUCUUCCUUUGCUUCUCCUUCUCUUUUCUUCUUUUUUCCUCCUUUCCUUCUCCUUCUCUUUCUUCUUUUUCAUCCUUUCUUUCUCCUUCUCUUUCUUCUUUUUCAUCCUUUGCUUCCCCUCUUUUCUUCUUUUUUCAUCCUUUUUCUUCUCCUUCUCUUUCUUCUUUUUUUAUCCUUUUCUUCUCCUUCUUUUCUUCUUUUUCAUCCUUUGCUUCUCCCUCUUCUUUCUUCUUUUUUUUCCUUUUUCUUCUUCCUUCUCUUUCUUCUUCUUUUCAUCCUUUUCUUCUUCUUCUCUUUCUUCUUUUCAUCCUUUGCUUCUCCUCUCUUUCUUCUUUUUCAUCCUUUUCUUCUCCUUCUCUUUCUUCUUUUUCAUCCUUUUUCUUCUCCCUCUCUUUCUUCUUUUUCAUCCUUUUCUUCUCCUUCUCUUUCUUCUUUUUUCAUCCUUUGCUUCUCCUUCUCUUUCUUCUUCUUUUUUAUUCUUUUCUUCUCCCCUCUCUUUCUUCUUUUUCAUCCCUUGCUUCCCCUCUUUCUUCUUUUUCAUCCUUUGCUUCUCCUUCUCUUUCUUCUUUUUCAUCCUUUGCUUCUCCUUCUCUUUCUUCUUUUUUCAUCUUUUGCUUCUCCCUCUCUUUCUUCUUUUUUUUUUGCUUCUCCUUCUCUUUCUUCUUUUUCUUCAAUCUGUCUUCUCCUUCUCUUUCUUCUUUUUCAUCGUUUGCUUCCCCUCUCUUUCUUCUUUUUCAUCAUUUCCUUCUCCUUCUCUUUCUUCUUUUCAUCCUUUGCUUCUCCUUCUCUUUCUUCUUUUCAUCCCCCUUGCUUCCCCUUCUCUUUCUUCUUUUUCAUCCUUUGCUUCUUCUCCCUCUUCUCUUUCUUCUUUUCAUCCUUUUCUUCUCCUUCUUUUCUUCUUUUUCAUCCUUUUUCUUCUCCUCUCUUUCUUCUUUUUUUUCCUCUGCUUCUCCCUUCUCUUUCUUCUUUUUUCAUCGUUUCUUUCCCUCUCUCUUUCUUCUUUUUUCAUCUCUUUUCUUCUUCCUUCUCUUUCUUCUUUUUUCAUUUUUUUUCUUCUCCUUCUCUUUCUUCUUUUUUCGUCCUCUGCUUCUCCUUCUCUUUCUUCUUUUUCAUCCUUUCCUUCUCCUUCUCUUUCUUCUUUUUCAUUUCUUCCUUUGCUUCUCCUCCUCUUUCCUCUUCUUUUUUCUUUUUUUCUUCUUCUUUUUCUUUUCUUUUUCUUCUUUCUUCUCCUCUCUUUCUUCUUUUUCUUCUUCUUCUUCUUCUUCUUCUUCUUCUUUUCUUCUUUUUCUUCUUCUUCUCCUUCUCUUUUUUCUUUUUCAUCCUUUGCUUCUCCCUCUUCUUUCUUCUUUUUCAUCCUUUUCUUCCUUUUUUAG